AGAAAAAGAAGUGGCAUACGAGGUUCUGUUGCAGAAUUAAGCAGGUGAAAAUGAAGCUGAAGCAGCUAGAGGGGCUUCUUGGUUCUCUUGAACAGUUCACCAAGCCCAAGAUUGAACUCGAACAAUACCCAACUGGAGCCCACAUAGCUUCCCGGGUGCUAUACACUGCUGAAACUUCAUAUGGGGAUGUGAGCAAUAAGGUAGUUGCGGAUUUUGGUUGUGGUUGUGGUACCUUAGGCAUUGGUGCAGCUCUCUUAGAAGCAGAACAUGUUAUUGGUCUUGAUAUAGACAGCGAGUCUCUUGAGAUUGCAGUUGCAAAUGCUGAAAACCUUGAGGUAGAUAUGGAUUUUGUUCAAUGUGAUAUUAGUAAAUAUCAAUGGAAAGGCCAAAUGUUUGAUACUGUUGUUAUGAACCCACCAUUUGGAACACGGAAGAAAGGUGCUGACAUGGAUUUCCUUUUUGUGGCGUUGAAGGUUGCCUCCCAUGCAGUUUAUUCGUUACACAAGACUACAACUAGAGAAGUUACAAUUUCGCACUUGAUUGACGGAGUCCUCUAAGGCUGUUAGAUUUUCGUGGUGCCUCUAUAAUGUUUUUGUUCAUGGAAUGUCCAGAGAAAUCAGGAAGGUAACAAACACAAUCUUACCUGAUUUACUCAUUUGGUGGUAAUUACAGCACAUCAGACGGGCUGCAUUGCAAGAUUACAAUGCUAUUAGCGCCGAGGUUAUAUGUGAGCUACGAUACGAUGUGCCAAAGCUAUACAAAUUUCACAAGAAAAAGGAAGUGGACAUUGCAGUGGACCUAUGGCGAUUUGUUCCUCCAAGACACACUAAUAGUGGUGUACAUAGUUAAUCAUACUAUUAAUAAUUUCAUUCAUUGGCAGACUCAGAAUUGUAUUGUCAAAAGUUUUGAGUCUGCAUAAGUUCAACUAAAAAUCUUUUUUGAGGCAGUUAUUUAGUCAAGCAUGCAAAAGGCGGUGCUGGA